AGUAUAACCAUUCUUUUCAUUAUUAUCAUAAAUGCAUCAUGUCUUUAUUUUUUAUUUACUUAUGAAAUUAACAAGUGUUUACUUUCCUUCCUUGGUCAAAGGGGUAAUGUGAAGAGUCUUUGACUCAUUCAGCAUCAGUGUCUCUUAUGUGAGCUCUUUUAUUCGUCAAGGCCUGGUCAACUGUUCCCCACCAUUGGUUUUAUCCAUAAAGCACAAAUACAUCUUUGGACCUCUUUAAAUAUCUUAUUCACUAGUAAAGACCAUUUAGUAUCGAUUCGUACGCCUAUCAAAAAAUAUUGCAGUGCUGAAAUAUUGAUUGCAUAAAUACCAUGAUCAAUUUUAUAGUAUUGACCAAUUGACUAUUUAUUAUCCAAUAUUGAUCAUAAAUUAAUACAAAUUACAUAUAUUUGAUUACUUUUUUUUGUUAUAAAUUAUUCUACUCCGUGAAGAUUUAUUACAUGUAUUGACUUGCAUCAUAACAGGUUGACUAUUUUUUCAACUCCUUAAACGAGAGUUUCUACAAACCAGUGACAUUGCAACACGUGACAGAAUUAACGAGUAAAAAAGUAAUUGAACCAGUCUCGUUCGACAUUAGAAUCGUCUUAUUUUCUAUAUUAUUAAUGUUGUAAUUUUAAAUUAUAAAUAACUGGUGCAUUUUUGAAGAAAAGUAAACAAAAGUUGAAUGUUUACAAGUGAUAUCAUUACUUUUAGGAUUCAUUAUCACGUGCAAGGAGUACUAUAAGCAAUUCUAAACUUCACAACUCAUGCUGAACGUGCAAUUUCAGAUGAGAUCUCGUGAAUAUUUCAACAUAAGAAAAUAUAAUUGGCGAUAAUUAUUCGAAACGACACUAUUCAGGAAAAUCAUUGGAAUUAAGGAAAAAUGGAAUUAGCUUUAUCACUUUUGUCUGUAUUUUAUCUCAAUAUACGACUUAAUUAUGCGGAAACGCUGAAUACCACCAUCAAAUUUUUAGUGGCAGCAUUCGUUUUUUUAGUUAAAUGUUCAACAACACCAUUUCUUAAAAUGAAAGCUUUCAAAAAAAUAAAACGAUGUCCCCCAAUUACUAAUAAAAUUCUGUAUAUUCCAUUAUAUGAAUUGGCUACAAAAAUUCGUCGUCAAGAGUUAACCAGUGAAGAAGUUGUGACAGCAUAUAUACAACGAUGUCGAGAAGUCAAUCCAGUGAUUAAUGCGAUUGUAGAGAAUCGUUUUGAAGCUGCUCUUGAGGAAGCACGUGAUGUUGACCGUUUCAUAAAAUCUGGAGUAAAAACCGAAGAAGUGUUGGCUCGUGACACUCCGCUACUUGGUAUACCGGUGACGGUUAAAGAGAGUGUUUCAGUUAAAGGAAUGAGUCAUUCAGCUGGACAAACGACAAACAAGCGGAUUGUCGCAUCAAAUGAUGCUGAUGUAGUGAAACGUGUCAAAAAAGCUGGUGGAAUUAUUCUUCUUGUCAGCAAUACACCGGAACUUUGUAUGUGCUGGGAAACUUAUAACAACGUGACUGGCACAACCUGGAAUCCAUAUGACACGCGAAAAACCCCUGGAGGUUCUUCAGGUGGAGAG